AUGCCUUACGAUCGUCUUGUUCAAGUAGGCCGUGUUGCCUACGUUGCUUUUGGUCCCGAAACAGGCAAAAUAUGUUGUAUCACAAAUAUUAUCGAUCAGACUCGUGUUCUCAUCGAUGGCCCAUCAUCACAUGUUGCUCGUCAAGCAAUAAAUAUUAAAGCUUUACAUUUAACUAAAUAUGUUCUUAAGCUUUUACCUGGAGCUCGUUCGAAAACAGUUAAAGCUCUUUGGGACAAACAUGAAAUCAACCAGAAAUGGCAAUCAUCACGUUGGUGUAAAAAAAUACAAGCUAAACAUUUACGUGCAAACAUGACUGAUUUUGAUCGAUUCAAAUUAUUAAAAGCUAAACAAGCAUAUAAUCGUAUUGUAGGUCAUGAAUACAAUCGUUUAAAGAAGAAAAACAUCACCAAAUUGGCUGCUAAAACAAAGAAGAGCAAACCUCGUAAAUUUGUUGCCAAAUCACAACGUAUUGCAAAUAAAUUUAAGAUUUUUGCUGCAACAGCACCAGCUGCCAAAAAGAAAUAA